AUGGCCCGCACUAAGCAGACCGCCCGCAAGUCCACUGGUGGCAAGGCUCCCCGCAAGCAGCUCGCUUCCAAGGCUGCCCGCAAGUCCGCCCCCUCCACCGGUGGUGUCAAGAAGCCCCACCGUUAUAAGCCCGGUACCGUCGCUCUCCGUGAGAUUCGUCGUUACCAGAAGUCCACUGAGCUUCUGAUCCGCAAGCUCCCCUUCCAGCGUCUCGUCCGUGAGAUUGCCCAGGACUUCAAGUCCGACCUCCGCUUCCAGAGCUCUGCUAUCGGCGCUCUCCAGGAGUCCGUCGAGUCUUACCUCGUCUCCCUCUUCGAGGAUACCAACCUCUGCGCCAUCCACGCCAAGCGUGUCACCAUCCAGAGCAAGGACAUCCAGCUCGCCCGCCGCCUCCGCGGUGAGCGCAACUAA